AUGGCUGCUCGUCCCCAGAACAUUGGUAUCAAGGCCAUUGAGGUCUACUUUCCUACUCAGUGCGUCGACCAGGUCGAGCUCGAGAAGUACGAUGGCGUCAGUGCUGGAAAGUACACCAUUGGUCUUGGCCAGACCAAGAUGAGCUUCUGUGAUGACCGCGAGGACAUCUACUCCAUGUGCCUUACCACCCUCUCCUCCCUCAUGAACAAGUACAACAUCGACCCCAAGUCCGUUGGCCGCCUCGAGGUUGGCACUGAGACUCUCUUGGACAAGUCCAAGUCCGUCAAAUCUGUCCUGAUGCAGCUCUUUGCUCCCCACGGCAACACCAACAUUGAGGGUGUCGACACCGUCAACGCCUGCUACGGUGGUACCAACGCUGUUUUCAACAGCAUCAACUGGCUCGAGUCCUCCGCCUGGGACGGCCGUGACGCCGUUGUGGUGUGCGGUGAUAUUGCUCUGUACGCCGCUGGUGCCGCUCGCCCCACUGGUGGUGCUGGCUGUGUUGCCAUGGUCAUUGGCCCUGACGCCCCUAUUGUCUUCGAGCCCGGUCUCCGUGCUUCCUACAUCACCCACGCCUACGACUUUUAUAAGCCCGACCUCACCAGCGAGUACCCCGUCGUCGAUGGCCACUUCUCCCUUAAGUGCUACACCGAGGCCGUCGAUGCCUGCUACAAGGCCUAUGAUGCCCGCGAGAAGACCCUCAAGGCCCAGACUAACGGCACCAACGGUGUUGCUGACGAGUCCCUGUCUCCUCUGGACCGUUUCGACUACAUCCUCUUCCACGCUCCCACCUGCAAGCUGGUCCAGAAGUCCUACGCUCGCAUGCUCUACAACGACUACCUCGCCAACCCCUCCCACCCCGCUUUCGCCGAGGUCGCCCCCGAGCUCCGCGAUCUGGACUACGAGAAGUCUCUGUCCGACAAGACUGUUGAGAAGACUUUCAUGGGCUUGACCAAGAAGCGCUUCGCUGAUCGUGUCAACCCUGGUCUCCAGGUUGCCACCCAGUGUGGCAACAUGUACACUGCUACCGUCUACGGCGGCCUGGCCAGUCUGCUCAGCAACGUCACUUUCGACCCCAAGGAGCCCAAGCGCAUUGGCUUGUUCAGCUACGGCAGUGGUCUUGCCAGCUCCAUGUUCAGCGCCAAGAUUGUUGGCGAUGUCUCCAACAUGGUUGAGAAGCUGGACCUCCAGAACCGCCUCAAUGCCCGCACUGUUCUCGAGCCUGCUGCCUACGAUGCCAUGUGCAAGCUCCGUGAGCACGCUCACUUGAAGAAGGACUUCAAGCCCGCCGGCAACGUCGAGACCAUCGGCUCCGGUGUGUACUACCUGACUGAGGUGGAUGACAUGUUCCGCCGCAAGUACGAGAUCAAGGCUUAA